AUGACAAAAAAAGAGCAGGUGAUAAGAAUUGUUUGUCUUUUGUCAUUUCAUUUUCACUUUUAUAUAUUUCAGAAAACCCUUUUCUCUAACAGUUUAUCGAUUUUGAGACUGCAAAAAAAUUGGCUACAAUUUUCUUCAUAUAUUAUUUUUCCAGAGAAAUUAUAUAAAACCAAAUGUAAUAAUGUCAGCGACUUGGAAAGACGAUGAUCCAACAAAUGCGCCAGGUCCACUUGGAUGUCGAUAUGAUGAUCAUCCGACACAUUUGGAUAUUCAACUAGUUGUUCCUGGAAUUAGGCCAAAAUCGUUUUGUCGAGCCGCGAAUACACAAGUUCAUAUUAAGAGUGAUCCUUUGUGAGUUUUGUUUUUUGAAAUUUGUUAUUUCGAAACCUUAAUGUGUUAUAAAAAGUAAGACACAGACAGUCAGAAAAAUUUCUCACAGCGAAACUUCCUCUAACUGUAGAAUUUUUCUCUGCGUCUCACAAAAUGUAAAUAUUCGAAAUAAGCACAAAAAUAAGUUUGUUCGGUGGAGCAUGUUUGCCAUUUUUAGUUAUCGAAAAUUUUUCUUAAGACUACAAAAACUAGAGGUUCUGUAACUACGGAAAAUUUUUGUUUUUGUUUUAUGUAGUUCACAUUUUUUUGAAUAUGAGUUAUGAAGUGGCAAUAUAAUAAAAUUUCGAAAAAAAAUUUCAACGAUUUUCAUAUUCUUUUUUUCAAAAUGUUCAAACUUUGCCACGUCAUAGCUCCUCAACCCAUAUUCAGAGUUGAGUUUUGAAAUUUUUGACAAGUACAAAUAUACUAGAAAACAUAUGUCCAAUUCAACAAAAUGUUUUUGCAGCUCGAUGAAUUGUAUAGUCGAAAUUGUGAAGAUUGACAAGCGAAAAACGCCUCCAGAAAAAUCAAUAAUCGAUCGCCGCUACUACGAAGUUCAACGUUUCCCAGCCGAAAUCACCGAUGUCUCAUUCAAACUCAAAAAAGAUUGUUGUUUCGUUACAAUCCGAAAAAAGACUGCACAAUCAUGGGAAAAUCAAAUGUCACAAUUUGGAAUGACAUAA